AAAUACUGAAAGGGAGGAUUCGUGUUGGGUCAGUUGUAAUAUUGAAAUCGCGGCAUAAAGAACAAAUCAAAUGCUCAAAUUGUUUCCAAUAUUUUUGUGUCUAAUAUCAUGGCCGUGGAGCGGCCACUCUGGGCCUUUGAAUGCUCCAAACUCAGACUUGGACAGUCCGUUUGGCCAUGAAAUUGUGCGCUACUCCAAGGCGGCCGAAAUACGUAAUUUAAUGGAUGAAUCCGUGGAUCCCUGCAAUAAUUUCUAUAAUUUUGCCUGUGGUAAAUGGAAUCGUUUUCAUCCAGCCAAUACCUUGGAACAUGCCUCAACUGGGUUCUUUGAAACGGUGCUGCAGGCAUUGAAUCGCAAAAUAGCUGAUGUUUUGACAAAUGACGACAUGGGUAAAUACGACACGGAGGUGGAUAAAAAAGUGAAAAUCUUUUUCGAUUCUUGCAUGAAUCUGUCGUCGCUCAAGGAUGUGUACAGAGAGAAAUUGCUGGAAAUUUCGGCGGAGUUUGGGGAAAUGCCUGUGCUGAUGGGCGACAAAUGGAAUCGCCACGAUUUCGAUUGGCUGAAGGUUGUCAGCGAAAUGGCCUAUAAGUAUGGCAUACACAUUAUCCUCGGCUAUGAUAUUAUGGUGGACUUUUCGGAUACCACCAAGAAUCGUCUGUACAUUGGUUACCGUGGUCUGCCCCUGGAAUCAAAGUCCAUGUAUUUGGAUGAGAAUAAUGCCAUCUACCGUGAGGGUUAUCAAAGUAAAAUGGCCAAAAACUUGCAACGCUUCCUAAGGCUGCCUCAGGAAUUGGCUGAGGUAACUGCCAAAGAACUGCUGGAAUUCGAAGUGGGCUUGGCCAAGGGCAUGAUUGAUGCCACCGCAGGGCUCCAGGUGACUGAUAUUACCCAUUUAACAACAAUGGAUGAGCUGGCCGCAAAAUAUGGCAACGAUUUGGAUCUUCGUCGUUACAUAAAUAUCUCCCUGGGCUAUGUACCCCAGGACAAGGUCUAUGAAAUGGCCGAGGAUUAUCAGGCUAAUCUCAUAGAACUUAUAAAGACCACACCACGCCGUGUGGUGGCAAAUUAUAUUUUCUAUAAUUUCUUGGAGCAUUUCAUGGUCAAGGUGCCGCGUGGCCAGUCGGAGCUACAAACGAAAUGCAUUAGCAGAACCAAGCGGUAUUUUGCCAAAAAUCUAGACAACAUGGUCUAUAGACGCCUCAAUGACAACAACAACACCAGAGAGGGGAUUGAUUUUAUGUGGCACGAAAUCCAGACCACCUUUGAACAAACUCUGCUUUCCGAGAGGUUGAAUUGGAUUGGUGAAGAGACCCGUUCGUAUGCCAUUGAAAAGCUAAAAGCCAUGCAAUUGGAAAUAAAUUCCUAUGAGGAAAGGAAUUUCACAGCGGAAUUGGGAGGACUGCAGUUGAGCCGAGCCGAUUUUCUGGAAAAUCUCAAGGCGGCCAUGAUGUUGAGUGUGAAGAACGUCCGCCAAAAACUCAACGAACCCCCAUCCGCCCUGGAGGCUGGGGAGAUUUUGUCCUUUACGCCGGCCAACAUUAUUGUGGAGAAUAAAAUCAAGGUACCCAUAUCGCUGCUACAACCCUACUACGUCUGGUCCAAUCUCUAUCCCAAGGCGGUACAAUACGGCACCCUGGGCUCCCUGAUAUCACAUGAACUCAUCCAUGGCUUUGAUGAUACGGGGCGAAAUUUUGAUAAGUCCGGCAAUAGCCAUAAUUGGUGGGAUGCCACCUCCACGGAGCAUUUCAAAAAUCGCACCAACUGUUUCAUUCUGCAAUACAAAAAUUAUACCUACAAUGGCCGUAAGUUACCCGAAAUGGCAUCGCAGUCGGAAAACAUUGCCGACAAUGGAGGAGUGCGUCUAGCUUAUGCCGCCUAUUUACGUUGGUACGAAGAUGCUGCCCGUUCGUUGGGCAUGCUACCCGUUGAAUCCUUGCCACGCCUCAAAUACUCGGGCAAGCAGCUGUUCUUCAUCAGCUAUGCCCAGAUGUGGUGCAGUGAUGUUCAUCCGGUGGUGAAAAAUUUGCAAACCAGCACAGAUCUACAUGUUCCGGGGAAAUAUCGUGUCAUCGGUCCAUUGUCGAAUUUUGAAGAAUUUGCCAAGGAAUUCAAUUGUCCGGUCGAUAGCAAUAUGAAUCGGGCCAAUAAAUGUGAAAUUUAUUGAAAAAAUGUGAAUGAAAUUUAAGAUCUCAAGAGAUAUAAUAAAUUAUGAUAUCAAGUAGAGUAGUGUGAAUAGAAGAACGAGAAUUGAAAAUAAAAAAAUAAAUAUUUGUGGUAAUGAAACAGAAAUAUAAUUUAAUAAUAAAAACAGAAGAAGCGAUAA